UUCUUGACUCGAGGUAGACCCUAAAGUGGUGUCCACAAAGCCUAUUGAACUGCCGGCUUUUUGAUUGUGGAAGUUGGGCAAAGAGCCAGCUCCACCAUCUCAGGAGACUGCACUUCCUCAAGAGAGGAACCUGGAGGAGGACCUACCACCUUGUGAAAUUCUAAAAGUCAUGUCCCUCGGGUCAGAAUUUUUCAGGGAUGUGGCUAUAGUCUUCUCACAAGAAGAAUGGGAAUGGCUGGAGCCUGCUCAGAGGGAUUUGUACAGAGAUGUGAUGUUGGAGACUUACCGCAACCUGGUCUCACUGGGUCUUGCCAUAUCCAAACCUGAUGUGAUCUCCUUCCUGGAGCAAGGCAAAGAGCCCUGGAUGGAGGAGAGGGUGGUGUCAGGAAGCCUGUGUACAGUCUUGAAAUCCAGAUAUGAUACCAAAGUGUCACCUCCAGAGCAGCAUGUUCAUGAAGUCAAGUCGCCCCGGUGGGAGAUAAUGGAAAGACUUGCAAGUUAUGGUCUCAGGUGCUCAGGUUUGCCUGGCGACUGGGAUUGCAAAACUCAGUUUGACAGACAACCAGGAGGUCCAGACAGGCACUUCAGUCGAAUGUUAAUCAGUCAUGAAAAAAUACCUACUUUGAACCCGCAGACAUCCCUCAUUUUUUACCAGAACAUUCACACUGGAGGAAAGCCACAUGGAUAUAAUAAGUGUAGAAAUGACUUCUGGCAGGAGGAAUUCCUUAUUAAUCAUCCAGGAAUUCAUUCUAACGAGAAACCCUAUAAAUGUAAGGAAUGUGGGAAGGCCUUUAAAUAUGGCUCACGACUCAUUCAGCAUGAGAAUAUUCAUUCUGGCAAAAAACCCUAUGAAUGUAAGCAAUGUGGAAAAGCCUUCAAUUCUGGGUCCAAUUUCAUACAGCACCAGAGAGUUCAUACUGGGGAGAAGCCCUAUGAAUGUAGGGACUGUGCGAAGGCCUUCAGUCGGAGCUCGCAGUUGAUUGAACACCAACGGAUUCACACUGGUGAGAAACCCUACCAGUGUAAGGAGUGUGGCAAGGCCUUCAAUCGGAUCUCACAUCUCAAAGUGCAUUGCAGGACUCAUACUGGGGAAAAACCCUAUGCAUGUAAGGAGUGUGGGAAGACUUUCAGCCAUCGGUCUCAGUUGAUUCAGCACCAGACUGUUCAUACUGGCAAGAAACUCCACGAAUGUAAGGAAUGUGGGAAAGCCUUUAAUCAGGGGUCAACUCUCAUUCGCCAUCAGAGGAUUCAUACGGGGGAGAAGCCUUAUGAAUGUAAGGUGUGUGGGAAGGCCUUUAGAGUGAGCUCCCAGCUUAGGCAACAUCAGAGAAUCCACACUGGAGAGAAGCCCUACCAGUGCAAGGUGUGUGGUAGGGCCUUCAAACGGGUGUCACACCUCACCGUCCAUCACAGGACUCACAGGGGCGAGAAGCCGUAUGACUGUACGCAGUGUGGGAAGGCCUUCAGUCACUGCUCCCAGCUGGUUCAGCACCAGGCCUCUCAUGCUGAGGGAUGGGGGACGACCCUUGCUCGAAGUGCCACUGCGCUUCAACACUCCAGGCUGCGGAGUGGAGAAACACGCACGAAUUUAUUGAGUGCAGAAGAGCCCGCCGUCGGCACAUGCCCAUUGUUGAUCAUCAGGGAGUUUGUGUUGGCCAGCAGCCAUGUGAAUGGAAGUCAGGGGAAAGCCCAGCAGCUCAGGCCAGCCACAGCGGCCAGCUCCCGCACCUUACAGAAAGGCCUGAGGGGGAAGGGGGUGGGAAGGCCUUCGCUCAGAGCUUGUCUUUCAUCUGAAGUUGUAAGCUCUGCAGAAACAUUUGUGGAUAUAAAGGAACGUGCUUAGACCACUAUUUAUCAGGCGGGGAAGGUUGGGGAAUAUUUAUCUCUGACACAUUCAGAAUCAUAUUUUCUAACCUCAGCUUACUAAUUUCAGUAAGAGUCAAGUUUUAGUUUUCUUGGGGGUGGGUGAAGAACUGACUGAAUUACUCCUGGUUGACUCCCCGGGAAGUACAUCAUGCAGGUACCAUAAAGGGUGACGAGCAGGUGGACAGAGUGGUGCCAGGGCAGGUGUUCAUCUCCUGGUCAUCACCAUUUCUCUGUGUCCCUAUUUCAGGAAGAGUUUGUUUGGGAGAGUCUCUUAAUUUCCCCAUGGGCAGCUUGUUUUGGGUCGUAUUUUGUUGACUUCUGUCACGGGCAGGUGUCAUUUGCCUGCCCAGAAGGUGUGGCAGCUCACCUUAUUGGCAGCAUCGUCUCUUGCUUAGGAUGUGAAAAUGUCAAAUUCUCAUUUUCCAACCUCCUGUGCCACUCAGAGUGACCAGUGUACUGUGAGUGGGGCUUUUGGGGAGCAGUUCACUCCUUCCCUGUGCACUUCCCGUUGUUGGACAUCUUCACGUGGGAAGGUGAGACUGCAGCUGUCAUGGAGCCAAGAGGAGGAAAAAGGACCUGGAGAAGCUGAC